CCUGACCUACGCCUACCAUCAGCAAGGCCAGAGUGACCUCCUGCGGGGCAUUGCCGCGCUGUGCUCCGUGCUCGCCCUGCCACCCCUCGCCCUCCUCCUGCCAGCCGGGAGUUCCUUAAUGAGUUGGGCGUGGCUCGCCGUUCACGUCACUUAUAGUGACGACCUCGCGCAAGGCGCCCUCCGCGUGCUAAACGACCUGCAGGCACAGCCCCUGCUGCACGCUCUGGGCAUGGGCCACCCCGACGCCCUGGACACCAUCGCCUACUGGUGGUGGUUCCUACAGGGGCUGCUGCUCCCUACCCUGGCGAGCUUAGUCUCGGGGCCCAGCGCCCCUUAUGACGACAACCCAGAUGAUGACGACAACGACGAUAACAACCCUGACUGUGACAGCCCUGACGAUGACAACCCUGACCGUGAUCUUGACCCUGCGGGUGAAGAGGAUGACUUUGCGGAGAUGAACCUGAGGGAGGUGGUGGUGGUGGUGGAGGCGGUGGAUUGGCAGUUCAGGGUGGGGGCUCUAGUCCCCCCUCCUGACUCGCCCCUCCUCCAGCCUCGGGGGGAGGAGGAGAUGGAAGACGAGGAUGAGUUUGAGAACGUGGAUCGGAUGGAAGCAGCGGAGGCGGUGGAGGAAGGGUUGUUUGGGGUGGGGGUCCUUGCCGCCCCUCCCGAGCCGCCUGCCGAGGAGGAGGUUGAAGAAGAGGAUGGUAUUGAGGAGGUGGAAAGAGGGGAGGUGGUGGGGGAGGUGGUGGGGAUGGUGGUGGAGGGGCAGGUCGGGGUGGGGGUUGUUGCCGCCCCUCCGGACCCGCCCGCCCGCCACCCUGGUCCUGUUGAGUAAGGAGGAUGAAGGCGAGGAUGACUCUGACGAAGUGCGCGUGAGGGACGUGGCAAUGAUGGAGUGACACCACUACAGAAAGCAUAGAAAAAUACAAAAACAAACAAAAAAUACAAAAUACGUAAAAGAAGAAAAAAAAUAUAUAAAACACCAGAGUAAAAAAAGAAUCUAAUACAAGAUAUUAGGUUAAGAUUCUAAAAAAAAAUGAAACCAAAUACAGAAUACUUAAAACAAUAGAAAAUGCCACAAUAAAAGUAAAAAAAAAUCAAAUAGAAAAUAUUAGGAUUAAGAUUCAUAAAAAAGUAAAACCGAUUACAAAAUACAUCAAAAACAAAAAAGCAAAAAAAAAAAAAAAAACUCAAAACCCAAUACAAAAUAUUAGGGUUAAGGUUCAACUUUAUUUGCGUCUAAAAGGAGCAACGGUUUCACCCGAACAGUCGUCAAUGUGAACACGUGUGCAAUAUUUUAUAUUUCUCAGAGAUGUCGUGUGAUAUGUUUAGGGAUAUUGUCGUGUGAUAUGUUUAGGGGUAAUGUCGUGUGAUAUGUUUAGAGGUAAUGUCGUGUGAUAUGUUUAGGGGUAAUGUCGUGUGAUAUGUUUAGGGGUAAUGUCGUGUGAUAUGUUUAGGGGUAAUGUCGUGUGAUAUGUUUAGGGGUAAUGUCGUGUGAUAUGUUUAGGGGUAAUGUCGUGUGAUAUGUUUAGGGGUAAUGUCGUGUGAUAUGUUUAGGGGUAAUGUCGUGUGAUAUGUUUAGGGGUAAUGUCGUGUGAUAUGUUUAUGGGUAAUGUCGUGUGAUAUGUUUAGGGGUAAUGUCGUGUGAUAUGUUUAGGGGUAAUGUCGUGUGAUAUGUUUAGGGGUAAUGUCGUGUGAUAUGUUUAGGGGUAAUGUCGUGUGAUAUGUUUAGGGGUAAUGUCGUGUGAUAUGUUUAGGGGUAAUGUCGUGUGAUGUGUUUAGGGGUAAUGUCGUGUGAUAUGUUUAUUGGUAUGAUAUGUUUCUUGGUGAUGUCCUGUGAUAUGUUUAGGGGUAAUGUCGUGUGAUAUAUUUAAGGGUAAUGUCGUGUGAUAUGAUUCUUGGUGAUGUCGUAUGAUAUGUUUAAGAGUAAUGUCGUGUGAUAUGUUUCUUGGUGAUGUCGUGUAAUAUGUUUCUGGGUAAUGUCGUGUAAUAUGUUUCUUGUUAAUGUCGUGUGAUAUGAUUCUUGGUAAUGUCGUGUGAUAUGUUUCUUGGUGAUGUCGUGUGAUAUGUUUCUGGGUAAUGUCGUGUGAUAUGUUUAGGGGUAAUGUCGUGUGAUAUGUUUAGGGGUAAUGUCGUGUGAUAUGUUUCUGGGUAAUGUCGUGUGAUAUGUUUCUGGGUAAUGUCGUGUGAUAUGUUUCUGGGUAAUGUCGUGUGAUAUGUUUAGGGGUAAUGUCGUGUGAUAUGUUUCUGGGUAAUGUCGUGUGAUAUGUUUCUUGGUAAUGUCGUGUGAUAUGUUUCUGGGUAAUGUCGUGUGAUAUGUUUAGGGGUAAUGUCGUGUGAUAUGUUUCUGGGUAAUGUCGUGUGAUAUGUUUCUGGGUAAUGUCGUGUGAUAUGUUUCUGGGUAAUGUCGUGUGAUAUGUUUCUGGGUAAUGUCGUGUGAUAUGUUUCUGGGUAAUGUCGUGUGAUAUGUUUAGGAGUAAUGUCGUGUGAUAUGUUUAGGAGUAAUGUCGUGUGAUAUGUUUAGGAGUAAUG